CUAACCAGUUACCAGAGUUACCAGUGGAUGGAUAAUGGCGACCAGACCACAGUCACCACAGAGCUCUUGUCUCUUUCCCAUCUCCUCUCUUUAUAGAUGACAGAUUGCAUUGGCACUUUGUUGGAGAGCAGCGCUCUCAGCUAGUCCCUCUCUCACUCACCACUCUCUUUCUCUACUCUAAUGGCACACUCUCAUUCUCUUCUUCUCUCUCUCACUCUUACCGCCUUCUUCUUAUCGUUCUUGGCUUCCGUCUGUAUCUCCGUUUCAGUUGCAGAGAAGCCCAAAACCUUCAUUGUUCAAGUCCAACACGACGCCAAACCCUCAAUUUUCUCCACUCAUAAGCACUGGUAUGAGUCUUCCCUCAAAUCCAUAUCUUCCCAAAUCUCCCCUGACGAUACAACCACCUCCUCUGUUGCUUCUCAUGAGGGAAGCCGUAUCAUUCACACUUACCAAACCGUCUUCCACGGCUUCUCUGCAAAGCUCUCUCCUUCCGAGGCUCAGAGGCUCCAAGACCUCACUGGAGUACUCGCUGUCAUCCCUGAACAGGUCCGGCACCUCCAAACCACGCGAUCCCCGCAGUUCCUAGGCUUGAAAACCGGAGACAGCUCUGGCUUGCUCAAGGAGUCCGACUUCGGCUCAGAUCUUGUGAUAGGAGUCAUCGACACUGGAAUCUGGCCCGAAAGGCAGAGCUUCAACGAUCGGGAUCUGGGUCCCGUUCCCAACAAAUGGAAGGGAGAGUGCGUCGUGUCCAAGGACUUCACCGCCACCUCAUGCAAUCGGAAAUUGAUCGGGGCUAGGUUUUUCUCCAAUGGCUAUGAGGCUACCAAUGGUAAAAUGAACGAGACUUCGGAAUACCGUUCUCCCAGGGACUCCGACGGUCACGGCACCCACACCGCCUCCAUCGCCGCCGGUAGGUACGUCUUCCCUGCAUCCACUUUGGGCUACGCGAGUGGCAUCGCUGCUGGGAUGGCCCCUAAGGCCCGCCUUGCCGCCUACAAGGUCUGCUGGACUGCUGGCUGUUACGACUCCGACAUCCUUGCUGCUUUCGAUGCCGCCGUGUCGGACGGGGUCGACGUCGUAUCACUCAGCGUCGGUGGUGUCGUGGUGCCGUACUACCUCGACGCUAUUGCUAUCGGCGCAUUUGGCGCUGCCGACCACGGUGUAUUUGUCUCUGCUUCCGCAGGAAAUGGCGGUCCAGGUGGGCUCACAGUCACCAAUGUCGCACCCUGGGUCACCACUGUGGGCGCCGGCUCUAUCGACAGGGACUUCCCCGCCGAUGUGAAGCUCGGUGACGGCAGAGUAAUCUCCGGCGUCAGUGUCUACAGCGGCCCCGGUUUGGCUCCGGGCAAGCUAUUCCCGCUAAUCUACGCAGGAAGCGAAGGUGGGGACGGCUACUCCGCCUCACUCUGCUUGGAAGGUGCACUGGACCCGAACGUGGUGAGGGGGAAGAUCGUGUUGUGCGACAGAGGGAUCAACUCCAGAGCUGCCAAAGGGGACGUGGUGAGGAAGGCUGGCGGGGUUGGGAUGAUAUUGGCCAACGGCGUCUUCGAUGGUGAAGGUUUGGUGGCCGACUGCCACGUGUUGCCGGCAACCGCAGUCGGGGCUUCCGGGGGCGAUGAGAUACGAAGAUACAUCAGCGCGGCCAACAGUGGAACUAAGAAUGGCGAGAAGGGACGGGCGACGGCGACGAUCACCUUCAGGGGAACCCGUCUGGGGGUCCAGCCGGCCCCAGUAGUGGCAUCGUUCUCGGCCAGAGGGCCAAACCCGGAGUCACCGGAGAUACUGAAACCAGACGUGGUAGCACCGGGAUUGAACAUACUGGCGGCGUGGCCGGAGGGGAUAGGGCCGUCGGGUUUGCCGUCGGACAAGCGGAGCACGGAAUUCAACAUACUGUCGGGCACAUCCAUGGCGUGCCCACAUGUGUCUGGGCUGGCUGCACUGCUGAAAGCAGCUCACCCGGAAUGGAGCCCAGCGGCCAUCCGAUCUGCUCUAAUGACCACUGCCUAUGUGGUGGACAAUCGUGGUGGGACGAUGCUUGAUGAAUCGUCGGGGAAUACCUCAACGGUCAUGGAUUACGGAGCAGGGCAUGUAAACCCCCAGAAAGCCAUGGAUCCAGGUCUAGUCUACGACAUCUCUACCUACGACUACGUGGAUUUCCUCUGCAACUCAAACUACUCUGGGAAGAAUAUCCAAUCCGUCACCAGGAAGAACGCCGAUUGCAGCGGAGCUCGCCGGGCGGGACACGUGGGCAAUCUCAACUACCCAUCGUUGACAAUGGUAUUCCAGCAGUUGGGCGACGGAACGGAGCAGAAGCCGCAGGAGCCAGGGCGAACGAGGAUGUCGACACACUUCAUCAGGACGGUGACGAACGUGGGGGAACCUAAAUCGGUAUAUGAAUUAACGGUGAAGCCUCCGAGUGGGACCACGGUGACGGUGCAGCCUGAGAAGCUGGUAUUCAGGAGAGUGGGUCAAAAGCUGAGCUUUUUGGUGAGGGUAAAGGCCACGCCCGUCAAGCUUUCCCCUGGGAGCUCAACCAUGACGAGCGGCUCGCUGGCCUGGUCUGAUGGAAAGUAUGUAGUUACUAGCCCCAUUGUGGUUACAAUGCAGCAGCCCCUAUGAGUGAGAGUUUAGGGUUCUGACAAUUUGAGAGAGAAAGAGCGGACCUGAAUGGUUGUUCGCGUUUAAGGCUUUUAAGCGAUCUCCCCCGCCCCUCUUGCCCGGUCAAUUUUCCCACUUUGUUUCAUCCUUAAAAAUUAUGGGUCAUGGAUCAUCAAGUCUUUACUGUUUUGUGUUCCAACUUGUAAGAGGUAUUGUAGUUUAUGUUUUUUUCUGCAAAUUGCUGAACGAGGGAAGGGAUUGGUGGUGGUGUUGGCUGUACAGUACAGAAAAGUGAGGAUGAGGAGUCCUCCUAUCUUCAAUCGUUAUGUCAUUUUGUAAUUUUAAAAUCCAGGCGAUGAAUGUCUGUAUCACAGUAA